AUGUUUGCGGGUGGGUAUGCCGGGGGCCCCCCUCAGAGCCUCCGGGACCGACGGCGGUCCAGUUACUAUCCCCCUGAAAACAUGCAGAUUCCCAAACCUCCAGCGGCUGGCGUUCGCAGGAGCAGCAGCAGCGGAAAGAUGUUGUCCAUGACGUACAGCGACAGCAUCCGGAGUGGGAUCAACCGCUACCACUCUGAGCAGGGUCUGAACCAGCCCCCGACCCGGACCACGGACCAGGCCGAGCUGCAGCGGUUGAGGGAGCAGAGGAUCGCAGCCCAGAUCAAGAACAUGGAGGAGUUUCUGAAGAUGAAUGGGCUGGCCCUGGAAGAAUGUGUGUCCUUUCAGACCGGGAUGAAGUACAGGUAUGGGUGA